AUGGAUGAGUUGAUCGCUAGGCUCAGCAGCACGGGUAUUGGAUGCUCAAUUGGCGGUACCAUUGUUAACAAUAUCAGCUAUGCAGAUGAUAUGGUGCUGCUGUGCCCGGCGAUCAGUGCUCUUGUCAAGCUGUUAAAGAUCUGUGAGGAGUAUGCGGUGGCCCAUGGCUUGAUGUACAACACCAAGAAGAGCGAACUACUCGUCUUCAAUGCAGGCAAAAAGGAGUAUGCGUCAGUUCCUGCUGUAUAUUUAUGUGGUGUUCCUCUAAACAGAGUUUCACGUUUCAAGUACCUCGGGCACUGGGUCACCGAGGACCUCCAGGAUGAUGCUGACAUAGAAAGGGAGCGCAGGGCAUUGUCAAUAAGGUGUAACAUGCUGUCACGUAGGUUUGCGCGGUGUGACAGGGAUGUCAAAAAGACCCUUUUUAAGGCUUUUUGCCAGUCCUUUUACGCGUGCAGCCUAUGGACAAAUUACACAAAAAAGACCCUCAAUGCCCUGCGUGUCCAAUACAAUAAUGGUUUCCGCAUGCUGAUGGGACUGCCACGUUACUGUAGCGCCUCGGGGAUGUUUGCGGAGGCUAGAGUGGACGCGUUCAUUGCGAUAAUCCGUAAACGCACUGCCUCCCUCAUGCGCCGGGUGCGUGACAGUUCCAACAGUCUGCUUCAGCUCAUUCCUGGGGAUCCUGCUGGUUCACUCUGGAGGCACUGGAAUGACCUACAUAUGGGUUCUAGAGGCACGGUGUAUGAUUUAAUGUAA